AUGCCUCUAUCCGCGUCGAUCUCAGAGCGAAAAAGUUCGAAUUCACAUUCCUAUUCGGAAAGUCUAGAUAUGGCCGAGCAGGGUAUUGGAAGCUGUUUGGAAAUGCAUUCAAUGGCGGGCCCCUCCUUCAAUUACGAGACGACCAGCAGGCCGCUUACCCCCCCGUAUUCGACGAAGACAGACGUAGAAGGACUUGAGUCCUCUCAUCGAAGUACCCAGCAUCGCACAUCAUACUCUAGUAUAUCGCUAUGGUGGCAUAGACUCACAAGAUGCAUCAACCCAAUCAAAGAUAUCUUUCCAGUCAAACAAACGCCGCGAGCAAAUCUUUACCAAGUUGAAUAUGACCGAUUAGAAUAUCCGAGUUACCUGGAUCAGCCGAAAGGCUGGUCACGAGUCGCAAACUUUCUUGAAAGUUGCGAUAGUUUCAGUAUUUAUCGUGUGUUUGCACCUCUUCACGCAAGAGUAUUGACCUUAGCACUACAGAAAAUACUUCAUGAGUUAGAUGUACGUGAUGCCCAAAACGGAGAUAAAUCGGACCCACUCAGAGAAAGUCCUCAAGCUGAAGCUCUGGAACUUGAGCGAGAGACGAUAAGUCUGAGUUUGGAACAAGAGUUACUUGCUUAUGGUGCACUUUUGAUACAAUUCCAGAAGUUGAAGUCCUUUUCGUCGACACCAGAGAAAGAUCACCUAUCUGUUUAUAGGUGGUUUUGCGGGGAAAAGCUGGUGCAUCUCGAUCAAUACGAAUGGCUGCGUCAACCCGAUGAUUGCAUCUCACUCGUUCCACCACAUAACAACCGAUUGGAAAGAUUUGUUGAAGAUAAUUUGAAUACCUGGCCAAUAUCAUGGUUUCAAAAAUGCUUGCUCGUCACACCUAAACGCAAAACUCCUACAGAAGAGACCGUCAAGUUCUUUUCUACUUUCCGCAUCAGUUUGUUGUCAAAACUACUGGUUGUUUGCAUGACAGUAUUAAUACUGCUCAUACCCGUAUUUCUCCUUUUGACGAUACCGAUGGAGGCAGGAUGGAUGGCAUUUGCCGUUCUCGCAUUCGUGCUUCUUUUCAGCGUCAUGAUAAGUCUACUUACGGAUGCGGGCACUCAGGAGAUUUUCGUGGGAACGAGUGCUUAUUGUGCGGUGCUAGUUGUGUUUUUGGGAAAUCUCAAAGGACCGGCUUAG